ACGCCUCGUCAACCUGCGUUCUCCAUGGACGGGGACUUUGUGAUUGGAGGGACUUUCUUCAUUCACUACCAAGCCCAGACAGUGAUUAAUAACUACACCUCCAAGCCUGAGCUUCCAAUAUGCAAAGGGAGCUUUAGCGCUUGGGCUCUGCAAUUCUCUCGCACAAUGGUCUUUGCUAUUGAGGAGAUCAACAACAGCACAGAGCUGCUGCCAGGCGUCAGACUUGGAUAUCAGAUAUUUGACACUUGCACCUCUGUGCCUGUUGCCGUGCAUGCUGCAUUUCAGCUUUCUAACGGCCAGGAUCCCGUGUUUUACCAAGGUAGCAACUGUUCAAAGUCUGGAGAGGUGGUGGCUGCUGUUGGAGACUCUGGAUCUACACCCUCUAUCAGCAUCUCACGAAUAUUUGGGACCUUUAAAAUCCCUCUGGUAAGCUACUUUGCCACUUGUGCCUGCCUGUCUGAUAAACAUGAGCACCCAACGUUUUUCAGAACAAUUCCCAGUGAUUAUUACCAAGCUACUGCACUGGCCAAACUGGUGAAACACUUUGGCUGGACUUGGAUCGGAGCCAUCCAUUCGGACUCAGAUUAUGGAAAUAAUGGCAUGGCUUCUUUCCUUGACACAGCACUCAAAGAGGGGAUCUGUGUGGAGUACAUUGAAUCUUUCCAUCCAACUGACCCACAGAAAAAGAUCAGAAAAGUAGCUGAUGCCAUCCGCAGAUCUACAGCCAAAGUAGUUUUGGCAUUUGCAGGUGGGAAUGAUAUGAAGGUCCUCCUAGAUGAGCUGAGCAAAGAACCAACUCCACAUCUGCAGUGGAUUGGAAGUGAAGGAUGGAUAAGUGAACCAGUCUUGAUGAGUUUCAGUUUCUGUGCAGGAGCUUUUGGAGUUGCCAUUCAGCAAUCUGUCAUUCCAGGGCUGAGAGAUUUCCUCCUGGAUCUCUCUCCCUCUGAAGUGGCAGCUUCCUCAGUGCUGACUGAGUUCUGGGAGGAUGCAUUCAACUGCAGCCUGACAGAAGCUGCUGAUCCACAUAAGGGAAAAUGUGAUGGAACGGAAGAUAUUAAAGCUCUUAAAAGUCCGUAUACUGAAACAGCUCAGUUAAGAGUUUCUAACUUGGUGUACAAGGCUGUGUAUGCAGUAGCGCAUGCCAUUCACAAUGCAGUGUGUCAGGAAACAAACGGACCCACUCAGUGUGACAAACACAAGCGUCUAGAGCCUGAACAAGUUUUCACAGAACUAAAGAAAGUCAACUUUUCCCAAAAUGGCUACCAUGUCUCAUUUGAUGCUAAUGGAGAUCCUGUGGCGUUUUAUGAGCUGGUAAACUGGCAGAAAGGUGAGAGUGGAGUUAUUGAACUGGUAACAGUGGGAUAUUAUGAUGCUUCACUGCCAAGAGGCCAGGAGUUUCUCAUUAACAGGAAUAUUACCUGGAUGGAUGGUUACAAACAAGUUCCAGUGUCAGUUUGCUCAGAGAGUUGUCCUCCAGGAACUCGCAAAGUGUUGCAGAAAGGAAAACCAAUCUGCUGCUAUGACUGUAUACCAUGUCCUGAAGGAGAGAUCAGCAACAUGACAGAUUCCCCUGAUUGCUUCCCAUGUCCCAGAGAGUUCUGGCCAAAUCCAAAGAGAGAUGCUUGUUUCCACAAACCUGUGGAGUUUCUUUCCUUCGAUGAAGUUCUGUCAAUCAUCCUGACUGUAGUCUCAAUCAGUGGAGCCUUUCUGGCCAUUGUUACGGCAGUAAUUUUCUUCCAUCACAGAACAACUCCAAUUGUCAGAGCCAACAACUCUGAGCUGAGCUUCCUGCUGCUCUUCUCUCUGACUCUGUGUUUCUUAUGUUCAUUAACUUUCAUUGGAGCCCCCUCUGAGUGGUCCUGCAUGCUGCGGCACACAGCUUUUGGCAUCACAUUUGUUCUCUGUAUCUCCUGUGUUCUUGGCAAAACUAUAGUGGUUUUAAUGGCCUUUAAAGCUACACUUCCUGGUAGUAAUGCUAUGAAAUGGUUUGGUCCUCCACAGCAAAGAUUAACUGUAGUAUCUUUUACAUUUAUUCAAGUUAUAAUAUGUAUUAUUUGGUUGGUUGUGAGUCCUCCCUUCCCAGUGAAAAAUCUGACCACCUACAAGGAGAAGAUCAUCCUGGAAUGUGCGUUAGGCUCUGCUGUUGGUUUCUGGGCUGUGCUCGGCUACAUCGGCCUGCUGGCUGUGUUUUGCUUUGUGUUAGCUGUUCUAGCUCGGAAACUACCUGAUAAUUUCAACGAAGCCAAGAUGAUAACCUUCAGCAUGUUGAUAUUCUGUGCAGUCUGGAUCACCUUCAUCCCAGCUUAUGUCAGCUCUCCUGGGAAAUUUACUGUGGCUGUGGAGAUAUUUGCUAUUCUGGCCUCCAGUUUUGGACUGAUACUGUGUAUAUUUGCUCCAAAGUGUUUCAUCAUUUUGUUUCAACCAGAGAAAAACACCAAAAAAUACUUAAUGAAUAAAAAGUAAGAUAGGUUCCCCAGAAGGCUAGAGGCAAAGUGACAAAAAUACCAGUAGUAUUAAUAUUAACCAAGUUGACAAAUAUGCUGUUCAUAGACAUUUGCAAAAGCUUUGCUCUAAUGCACUAAAUAACGAUUUGGUUGCAGUAGUUCCUAUGCACAAAUGUUCCAUUGAUGGGAGUAUAAUGUAUGUCAGUGUUUUGGUUUUUUGUUUAAAGAAUAAAUUAUGUACUACACAAAUGUCUCUGGAUGUAAAUGUAAACACAUACGCAUGAGCAAAAACACAAAGCCAAUCUAAAUUGACUUAUGAAACAAGAAAAACACAGAAUUAUUGCUGAGCUGCUGAGACAAGCUGUCUGCUUGUAGAACACCGGAAAUAAUUAUAUGAGUAGAUCUCAUUUUGCCUGAUCACUAAUAUUCAUGUAAUUCACAAUCUCAACCAUAAGGGACGCUCUGCCUUGAAGCUUACCAGAAAUUGUAUGCGCUUUGUACCGCCAUUCCCCACCAAGAAUGGUGAAGUGCAGCCUCAAACUAAAUCUUUGCAAGCAACCAAAUCUCUUAAGCUUUCAUCCUGCUAUGGCUUUAACAACUCAAUAAAAGAAAUUUAGCCAUUACUUGCUCAACUGCAAUUAAGUAAUUGGAAAGGAUAGCUUCUUUCAUUCUUUCCACUGUUAUUGACAGCCAUUGGUAGACUACGAUUUUAAUCUUGUUUACACAAAACCGCUGCCCGGAAUCUGCUUGUAUUUUCAGAUGCUGAUUGUGGAAAAGUUCCAUAUUAAGAGACAGCCUCAAAAUCCAAUCAUUUUGGGGGGGUUUUCCUACCUGUGCAUAACUAGAAGAAACCCUCCCACCAUGUGUUCUGUGCAGAUGAGAUUUUACACCUGCUUCAAACCUCCUGGGCCAUGUUCCUGAAAAAAAUCCACUGAACUCUGAACUUCAGCUACUCCCACCCAUGUGAAUAGACCUUCUGUAAUCUUUUCUCUGCCGCCCCAGAUCCUGAAUUUCCAAGGAACUCCAGUUUUGUAGUAAGGACUCCACACCUUUGGACUUUCGGCAUGUCAUCUCUCCUAGUGAGGUAGUGUCCAUGGCUAUGAGCAUCCUGAGCCUUUUCUGGGAAAGUCACUGGGUUGGAGAGGGGAACCAGGGCGCACAGUCCUCCCCAAUUCCUUGAGAAGGUUAUUGCUGGUACAGUUGCGGUCAGACUUCCAUCUUUUGGAACAGGCAGUGCUGGCGUGGUUCGUCGCUUGGCAGGUUUUACAGUUGAAAAAGUCUGCCUUCUUCUGGUAGCCGGAGGUCCAUCUGUGGCAGGUGUAUGGUGUCACUUGAAUGUGUGCUUGUUUCCAGGUCUCAGACCACAGUUUUGUGUGUGGGGUAGGGUAGCUGUGCACAAACAGCAGUUAGUCUCAUUUCCCUCAUAUGCAGUCCUGUUCUUCAGUUGCCAUCACAAGUUGGUGCUGUAGUCAUGUGGAUGAGUCUGAAGGGAGGAUUUGUCUGCUUCUCUCCUUAUCCUGUUGAGGGUGAGACCGCUCCCUUUCCAUAACAGUAGACAUGCUGCAGUUACAACACAGUAGAGGAACCGCCUAGCAUGUGGAGGCCCCAUUGCUGCUCAGAAUACAGAUAUGUCAGGACACCCAGCCUAGCAGAGUGAGGAUUUGUCGAAUUCUUCACUGACAUUGAGAUGAACUACCCUAAAUGGUAGAACCCCUUUGGAGUCAGGCUUUCCAGUCACCCUGAAUUAGGGGUCUAACACCCUCUGCACCUUAUAGUGACUGAGAUGUAUCCAGCUGGGUCUUUCAGCAAUCUUUACAGCAGUUGGUGUAGUUAUCAGCACUUGGAAUGGUCCCUCCCAACAUGGACUGGCCCAGCUCUUCCUUUUUAUGACUUUGAUAUACAUCCAGUUUCCUGGCUGGGUGUAUAUCUGCCCUCUGACUCUCCUCUGUGGAAGAGUCAGAGGGCAGUUAACGUAGGGAGUUUCCAGAUCCAUGUUGUGCUGUUGCUGUAUCUUUUAACAUUUGAUCAGCUGACCUGUUUUCAUUUUAGAACCUCAUCAUUUCCUCAUCCACUUACAAACUGCUAGUUUUAGCUAGCAGUUUAAUUGCUUGUAGGAGAGCUAUUAGCAGAGGCAUUUUGUUAGAGAUCUUACACGUGGAUGUUGUCAAAUUCAUCAAGGUGGAAAACUUCUGUUUUACUCCUGACAGAUGGCACAACCCAGAGUUGGCUCUUCUGCAGAACAUUGUUUUUUUUUGUUUUGCUUUUUUUUACUCUUUUGAAACAAAAUAUGACCUUCCUGAAAUUAAACCAAAAUCUCAAAUCCUCUAGUUCAAUAUUUCUUUAUAGAUUUAAUAAUCAUCAAUCAAUCAAACUUAGAUUAAAGGUUUUAAACUUUGAUUGACUGUUUUUGGUAACGUGCACAUUUUAAAAGAGCUAUCUCAGACAUAUAAUAUGAUAAUAUAUAAUAAUUUCCUGUUAAGUAAUUCAGAAUAUUUUGAUAAAAGUGAGUGUCCUUAGGGUCAACUCUCAUUACCGUUGCACCAUGUUCAAAGUCCUGUAAUAUUCACAGCAUUUUUUUAAAUAAAGUUUUUCUGACCCAUGAUACACCACAAAGAAGAGACGACAAAGAUGGCUACAAGGUAAGAUUGUUUGACAUCUUUUGAUCAUGAUAACUGUUAAGUUUCUCCUUCCAUAUGCCUAUUUUUACACUACAGGUAAUCAUUACAGUAAUGUAUAAUACCCUCAUGUUCUUAAAAAUUUGUUAAUAAGAUACUUUCUUGUACAGAAGAAGUUAGGGAGUUCACACUGUUUGUGAGAAAAGUUUUACUGAGUCAUCACAACAUGCUAGAAUUUUAAGCUACCGUAAUUCAUUACCGUAAUGCGUAACUUUCAUUACUGCGUAAUCUGAGGCCUGUUGCGGUAAUGAGAAACAAGAUUAUGGUGAUGAACAGUGUCAUUUUGCAAUAAUAAAUAGAUAAAUGUAUAGGUUAUUUAAACUGUAAUGUUGUUUAUUAUUGUUUAUUAUACUUUAAAUUUUUUUAGGCUAAAUUUCUAAGCUAAUUUAUGCUAAUUGAUAUCACCUAAUAUAAAGGGCAAAAGGAAGUCAACAGAAGAGGGCGGCAUCAAGAAUUUACAGGAAGAGGUUCCUCUCAGACACCAUGGGAAAUCUCCACAAGAGAUUUCUGAAAGAGAACCCAGGCCUCAAUGUGUCCCGCUCCCAGUUUUUUAAGCUGAGGCCCUUCUGGAUAGUGAGACCAAAGAUCACAGUCAGAGAAACAUGUGCCUAAAAAAUUCAAGAAUUUUUCAAGUAAAGUUAAAAAAAAUGCACCGACUUGGAAUGAUACAUACAGUAUCUGUUACUGAUGUAGUGGCUUCAUCCGUCUGUGAUUCUGAAAACAUUGAUUGCAUGUAUGGUAGAUGUGAACCCUGCAAAGAUCUUACUUUCCCCGUCAACGUGGAUCCAACAACAAAAAACAACAUCAUAACUUGGACUGAGUGGACAACAAGGUCAACACCAGUAACAAAGAAACUGUAGGAUGGCACUACCACUGAGACUGACAUGAAAACCACAACCCUGGAGAAAAAAGUAGCCAGUAUUGAAAAACUUGUAGAGCUACAAAGUCAGAACUGACCCGGAUCUCUACUCAUUUGUAUAACAUUUGGCACCAGUUCACUCGUCUUAAGCAAUUGAAAGAAAAUUUGACCCAGCAUGAUGUUGUAGUCCAUGUUGAUUACAGUGAAAACUACACCUGCAAAUGGAGCAAGGAAAUAAAAGAUGCUCACUUUGGUGGAUCCCACCAGCAAGUCACACUCCAUACAGGGGUGUUAUACUACACUGGUGGUCAGGCUGAGUUCUUUGCUACUGUGUCUGCCAGUUUACAGCACGAUGCUGUUGCUACAUGGGCACAUUUGCAACCAGUUUUAGGAUACAUAACAUCUAACUACCCCCUGGCAAAAAAUAUCCACUUCCUGUCCGAUGGACCAACAUCUCAAUAUCGGAAUAAGGUAGCAUUCUACCUUGCGUCAACAGUGCCUUUUAUGAAAGGGUAUAAGACUGUGACGUGGAACUUCACUGAGGCCUCUCAUGGGAAGGGAGCUCCUGAUGGAAUAGGAGGUGCUCUUAAAAACUUUGCAGAUCGUGUAGGGCACAGACAUCCCAAAUGCUUCUGCUCUACUAGAGAAUCUGGCAAAGCACUCAUCUGUUAGGCUUUUUGAAGUAACAGAGGAUAAUAUUGCUGCAUGUGGGGAACUCGUUCCUCCAUUCCUGAAAUCAGUACCAGGUACUAUGAAAAUACAUCAGGUGAGCACCCAUAUGUGCAACUAAACAAAUGCACACUCAAUUUUAUCUUGCUUGGCUGUUUUUUUUUAGCUUGGUUUAAAGUUUUUAUAUAUUUUUUGUUGUAAGUUUGCAUUUUUUUUAAAAAAACACUUCUUUUUAUAGAUCUGACCUUUUCAUGGUUUUGCAGAUAAAACUAAACAUAAUGUCUCCACAGGUUGUUGCUACUGAACCAGGAAAUAUUAGAUUUCGAGAGGUUUCGUGCUUCUGUAGUCACUCUUGUGACUGCUUCUCCCCAAAGGAGUUUGUUUUCACGCAAAGGGAAUCAGAAGAGACCAUCAAAGAAGGAACAUGGGUCCUUGUGGACUAUGACGGAGACUUCUAUCCUGGCACAGUAACACAGGUAGGUUUAAGACUGAGUGGAGAAUGGGAAGUCAGGUGUGCAAGUAUUGGAUUCAGAUUGUCAACAUGUAAUGUCGAGGUAAUGAUUAUGUAAUAAUCAAAUUGUCUUUGAAAAACGCAGUUGAUAACAUUUUUUUGCUUCAUUAAUCCAGAUUGCCAGUGGUCAGUAUGAGGUUGAUACAAUGAGCUGUGCGGGAGACAAUCGCUUCUACAUACCAUCAAUAAGGUUUGCUGGUGAGAAGGUAUGAUGUUAUUUGGAUGACUUCAAAGAAAUUAUUCCUGAACCACUACCUACCUCUUCAUCCGCAAGACAAUUCUGUGUGGUGUCAGAAAUCUGUGUUUUUUCAUUACCGCUAUGUUAACUGUAUGAGGAUUUAUUUAGAUUAGUUAUGUGAAUUACUUUUAUAUUUUCAUCCUUUGAUGAAAUGUGCCAGACCCUU